UGAGCGGUGGGAAGCAGGAGGCCGGCGGUGGGGGUCGGCCCCGCGGGGGCUGCCUGCGGGAGUACCCGGCGCUGCCGGUGUGGGUGGUGGAGGACCACCAGGACUAGCAUAAGUUGAGCCCUUCAUCCUAAGUAACAGAUUAUUUACUAGAUUCUAUGCAAACAGAAAGUUUUAGUGUAGUAAAGUCCAUUGCAGAAAAUAAUGAAAUUUCUUCACAUUCCCUGUAUGAUAGGGCUGUGAUUCACAAUCCUUGUUGGAUUUGCUCUGGCAGCCAAGGCAAUUGAUGUCCCCUAACUGUGAGAAAGACGACAGUUCAGUGUAAGAGGUGCUGCCUUUCAUCUAUCGUGCCAUUGGUUCAAAGCAUCUUCCUGCCAGUAACAUCAGUUUUGUUCAUCUUGAUUCCCAUCCAGACCUUCUUAUUCCUGUGAAUAUGCCUGCAGAUACUGUAUUUGACAAAGAAACUCUUUUUAGUGAAUUAAGUAUUGAGAACUGGAUUAUGCCUGCUGUUUAUGCUGGCCAUAUUUCUCAAGUAGUAUGGCUUCACCCACCCUGGGCUCAUCAGAUCUCAGAAGGAAAACACAGUUUUCUUGUUGGGAAAGAUGUAUCAACAACAACAAUCAGGGUUACAGGCACAGAUCAUUAUUUUUUAAGUGAUGGUCUUUAUGUUCCUGCUGAUCAGCUAGAAAACCAGAAGUCGUUAAAUUUACACGUCAUUCUUAUCAACCCUAUUGAAUCAUCAAAUGGCCGUGAAGAAAAUGGUGAAGUAGCAUCUGCUAAAAGACUGAAGCUAAAUACAGAUGACACAGCAAGCGCCACUUCUGCCUCUUCAUCAGUGGGUCUUGGUGACCUUGAUAACAGCACCCCAAGUGUGAAGAAAAAAGUACAAAAUACAAGUGCCCUGAAUAGGGCAGGAACCUCGCCAGAGUGCUCAGCUUCAAGCUGUCUCAAAAACAGUGAAUGCCCAAUAAGGGAAGUUGUUAAAGAUAUCUGCCAAGUGCUGCAGAAAGGAGAUGCAUAUGUUUUGGACAUUGACUUAGAUUUUUUUUCAGUUAAAAAUCCAUUCAAAGAAAUGUACACAGAGACAGAAUAUGGGCUCUUGCAAGAGUUGUACAAUUUCAAGAAGCCACACAAAAAUGCAACAGAGGAAGGCUUGCUGGAUUGUGUUGAAAACCGUGUUCACCAGCUGGAAGAUCUGGAAGCAGCAUUUGCAGAUUUGUGUGACAGUGAUGAUGAAGAAACCCUACAGAAGUGGGCUUCAUAUCCUGGAAUGAAGCCACUUGUUCAACUAGUUCACAGUUUGAAAACCAGGAUGGAAAGCCCAGACUAUGAAAUGGUCCAUCAGGCUGGUUUGACCUGUGAUUAUAUGGAGCUUCCUCACCAUGUUAGCACUGAAGACGAGAUCGAAGGCCUCAUACAAUCCAUUAAAGUUCUACUUAAAGAUAUGCCCAAGCCCACACUUGUGACUGUUGCGCGGUCAAGUUUGGAUGACUAUUGCCCGUCGGAGCAGGUUGACAUGAUUCAAGAGAAGGUUCUCAAUUUACUUGGUGCGGUGUAUGGCUCUCUGAAUGUGCACUUAGACUACUCAAGCACUUCAUCUUCCUUGUGACCUUGCUUCAUGUAUUGCUGUCUAAUGCAGUGGAUUAAUUUAAAUUGCAUAGUAGCUAUGGUUGCAAGGGGAAAACUACUGUUAUUUCACCAGAUGGCACUAGAACCCAAGCUGACCCAGAGCUAGUUUUGAGUUGCAUUACUUUCUCUAAGUCAGCUACAUCUGAACUGUUUGUUACCUGUUUGGCUUUGUUUAGAUUAGUUCUGUGAUUAUUAUUUUUACUGUCUUUCUUCUUAAAAUUGGUGCAAGAGAAGUGACUUUUUGUCUAUAAAAUUACACUUUUUGUCUGAUUUCUUUGUGUCUGUAAAAAAA